AUGAGUCCUGGAGUAGGAGCUGUGUCAGUGUUGUUGGGUGCUCAAUGGGGUGACGAAGGCAAGGGAAAGGUGAUCGACUAUCUCAUCGAAAACAAUGAUGUGCAAGUGACAGCACGCUGUCAGGGAGGUAAUAACGCUGGCCAUACUGUCGUUGCGAAUGGAAGAAAAUACGAUUUUCAUAUUCUGCCUAGUGGAAUUAUCAGUCCAAAAUGCUUUAACAUAAUAGGAAAUGGUGUUGUUGUAAAUCUUGAUGCCUUCUUUUCCGAAUUAGACCAUAAUGGUGUUACCGAUGAGCCAGGAUGGGAGAAGAGGAUCAUGAUAUCGGCUGAAGCUCACCUCGUUUUUGGAGUUCAUGCACAGGUUGAUGGUCGUCAUGAAGCUAGCCUAUCCCAGACUAACAAAAUAGGGACGACGAAUCGAGGUAUAGGACCGACGUAUUCAUCGAAAUGUUUCCGUAACGGAAUACGGGUUGCUGAUCUUCUGGGAGAUUUUGAGGCAUUUUCCGAGAGCUAUCGUCGACUGGUGGAUCAUUAUCAAAAGCAGUUCCCCUCGAUUGACGUCGAUACAGAAGCAGAAUUAGCACGAUUUAAGGAACAUCGUGAAAAGCUGAUUUCCUUGAAUUUGGUCGGCGACACGGUUGGACUCAUCCACAGCAUGCGAAAUAAGGGCCGUUCAAUUUUGGUUGAAGGAGCCAAUGGGGCCCUCUUGGAUAUUGACUUUGGUAGAACCUAUCCAUACGUUACGUCAUCAAAUGCUACUGUUGGUGGAGCUUGUACUGGUCUUGGAAUACCUCCCACUGCCAUUUCUCAGGCUAGUACUGGUCCUUUCCCUACAGAAUUGAAAGAUGAAAUAGGAGACCGUCUUCAGUCGAUUGGGCAGGAAGUAGGAGUCACUACUGGGAGAAGAAGGAGAUGUGGAUGGCUCGAUUUGUUUUUGUUGCGUCGUAGUGCUCAGAUUAACGGCUAUACAGCAAUUGCCCUCACCAAGCUGGAUAUUUUGGACUCAUUCAAGGAGAUAAAAGUUGCUACCGGGUAUCGCCUCAAUGGCGAAUCUCUUAGCGCUCCUCCAGCUCAAGCGGCCGCCUGGGAUCGUGUUGAAGUUGAGUACAAAGUGUUCCCUGGAUGGGAAUCUCCGACGGUUGGCAUCCGAACAUGGGGAGAUCUCCCAGAAAAGUGCCGUGAAUACGUGCUUUUCAUUGAAAGUUUCAUCCAGGUAAUGCUUAUUAUUUGUUGA